CAUUUGACCAACAUGCAGCUUUUAUUAGGCUGUCAGAGACUGACAUGAUGCUUUGACAACAAGAAGAAGCAACCUGAUGAUUUCCCGGGAGUAGGUAGUCAUUACGGAGUACAGUAUGGAUGUAUGUACAGAGAGUGCUCCGUACAGUACAUGCUGUCCCAAGUUCACCGCAGCGGCGGCGUCGGGCCCUGCCUUUACUUACCUAAGGUACAACAGCCGCGCUAAUCCCGCUGGGGUUAAGACCCGAGCAUGGCAACCCUAAGCCCAAUCCAGAUAUCGUAUCACGUGAUAUCCGCCUUGAGCCGUCCUUCUGCGCUUUCAACCUCACCAGCAAGCCCCAGCGACGGCAUCGUGAUUGUUCGGCGCUGCCAAUUAUUUUCUUCCACACCAUGUUCUUUGCCAGGCGAUCGGUAGCUUCGGCGCGGCUACUGCUGCGGAACCAGCAGCCCCAUCGAUUUGGCUCUCAUGCAGCUCACCACGCUGCCCCUGUGAACGAGAGCUUCGGCCGGAGUUUCUACGUCACCGUCGGCACCUUCGCUUCCUGCUACGUUAUCCACCGCAUCCACAAGGCCACUGAGGAGUCCGGCUCCCAGUCUUGGAUCUCCAACCUCAUCCAGAAGUGGACUCCCUCGGAGCAGGUCUUUGAGCAGAGAAACGCCAUCCGGACGGCGGUAAUGGAGAAGGCUGCUCGCGACCGUCACUUGUUCGCCAGUCAGGGCCCUAGCGAAACAUAUGGAUUGAUGCAACCCGAGGUCAGCUUCCACGCCGUUCAGCCUAUCAACCUUGUCGCCGGCUACGAUGCGGACCUCAGCAAGGUUGUCGCACACUACGAGCGCAAGAACCAGGCCAUUGAGGAGGACCGUGUUGCCCGGAUGAAGGAUGGCAAGGUCGUUUCUCUCUACGAAUAGUUAAGCUGAAUUGAUUUGAAUUGUUUGGACACAAAACUCUGUCGGUAGACCUGGGGAGCACGACACGUUGUACAUGUACAUAUAACAAGACAGAGGUAAAAGGUCUCGAUGUCUCUUUUUUCCUUUUCUACUCAGCCAGAUUCUUGACGAUUCACCCUUGGGGCUGUUCUAUAGUGCCAGAGAGUGAGUCUUGAACAGCGCAGACACAGCUACGUAACAGAUCAUGUUCGCUUCCGCGCCCGAGCCAAUGAGAGUGCAUGUUUAUCUAAGCC